CUCUACCCUCACCUAGUGCUGAAUAUUGUGAGGAAGGUCGUGACAGACCAAACGAUGACCACAGGACACAAUGCCUCCUUUCGUGGGCGUCAUCGCCUUGGACGGGUCGUCCUCCUCGCCACGGCCCUUAUCAUGCUGAUAUUGUACGCGACCAACUCAAGAUGGGAACACGAGCAGCAACCCCAUCCUAUCGAACCUGGAGUCCUCGAGACUCCUAUCAUCGAUGAUCCUGCCACAGUGAUCGCCAAACAGGCCAACCCCACCAAGGAUCAGGUUGCACCUCAUACCAUGGCAGCCAACCCUGAAGACUCCCCACCGACCGAGGCGCCACGAGCACCAACUGCAAAAUCAUUGACAGAGCAUGAUAAAGAAAUCAGCCCGAGUGGGGAGGGAAAUCUCUAUUCCAAGAUCGGAAAGUUGACCAUGCUGUACUACAACGAAGUGUCUAAGGAUACCAUCUGGUAUGAGAAGGCUCUCUCUGGGCACAAAGAACACAACAUGCGGUUCGGGUACAAACACUUCGUCUUGCGUCACGAAAUCGUGCCCGAUAUCUGGUCGAAGCAGGCUUUCAUCCUCUCGAUCCUGCUGCAAGAGUUGGCAAAACCCAUGGGUGACCGUCUGGAAUGGCUCUUUUGGCACGAUGCUGACCUGGUCUUAAUGAAUUCCAACAUCCCACUCGAGCUCUUCGUGCCGCCGGUCGAAUUUUCUCACAUUCAUCACGUCGUGGCGAAUGAUCUGAACGGUCUGAAUGCUGGAGUCUUCUUCCUGCGUGUCCACGAGUGGUCCAUGUGGUAUUUGUCGGCGGUCAUGUCGUACACCAACUAUCAUCCCGAGCGACCCUUGCGAUAUUCGGAACAGACAGCUAUGGAGUGGCUGAUUCAAGAAGAGAAGUGGGGGCGGAACACCACACACGUUCCACAACGUUGGUUCAAUGCGUACCAAAACUUUGGCAUUGAUGACACGGUCCCUCCUGAGUGGGAAUGGAGACACGGCUAUUUUGAACCUGGAGAUCUGCUGAUUCACCUUCCUGGCACCAGCGAGGCCCGGCCAGACAUCAUCAGGGGAUGGCUCAGCCGCGUUCGGGAUCAGAAUGCGCGGUAUGAAAUACCUCUCGCCGACACGACACACGUCAAAAAUAUCACUGAAUUCUGGAAUAACGACGCUCGCCACGAUAAGAAGAAUCAAGACACGUACUGGCGUCGAUGGCAUAUCUUGAUUAGGGUUGGGACCGAACAAGAUGAUCAGCAAAGAGAGGCUGUCGCUGAAGCCGAAAGGCUUGCGGAUAAAGCUGGACUGAGCCCUGAAAAGAAGGAGCAGAAAGUUGAUGAAGUCAAGGAAAAAUUCAGGAUUCAGAAGAUCGCAGCACUGCGACGAGCAGAACAGGAUAAAUUGAAGGAGGAAGGUCUGUUGCAGGAGCAAGCUCCAACGACGGAAAGAUGAAAUCCCAAACUGUUCUUACUGAGACGAAAGGCUGCAAUCGCAGGGCAUUGGUAUGUCACCAGUCAUUCAUUGGCCACCACCGGUCCUCCCUUUGCUUCUCGACUACGGAGGACCAGUGGACGGCGAGGAAGCAAAGUCGCCAUGCAGAUGGCCAAAUACGAGUGAGCCGGUGGGCAGCAAAGCAGAGAAGGGGACACCUCGUGCGAUGAUCUUUUCGACACGACUUAUCAAUUUGCCUCGAAGCAGAAUAUUCCACGCCGCCUACGAGUCGCUCUCGUACACGUGUGGAAAAGAGACACUGAAGAUCUGUGAAGAUCCUCAGACAUGCAGGGUCUGCGGCCGCUGGCUGGAAGGGGCAUGGCGUGACAGGGAGUCGGUCCCUGUUGUCCCCUGGACGGGGCGAUUAGGCUCAUUAGGGCUCAGAUGUGGCUGGAUCGGUGAAAUUUUCCGGGCGCUCACUGGUCCCUGGCAUCUGGAUUCUGGAUCUUUGGGGCUUACGAUUAUGCCCCUCAUCUGCGCUGUCUGCCCUAUUAUCCAGGGAGCAAUCGCCAGCUGCGCCAGUCACACGCAUUGCGGGCCAACAACAAUGCGGUCUAGACCACCUCAAGGCAAGUGGUGUAUCAAUUAGUACAGGACUUGUAAGGCUUAGGAUAUUGUACAAUAGCCAUGUAUCCGAGGACCCUGUCUGCAUUAUUGUGCAGUCGGUACUGUACGUAUGUUUGGACGUUCCGCGCGGGCCU